GUGCUUCUGCGCGGAGACGCGCUCUCAGUGAAGAUUGUCCCGCACGGCUCUCCGUCCGCCCGCGGGCCGUCCAGUGUGCGAGGGUUCCCGCGUCUCUCCGCGUCCCGGGAGACAGCGGCGAUGGCGUUCCGGUGUCAGCGGGACAGCUAUGCCCGCGAGUUCACCACCACCGUGGUCUCCUGCCGUCCCGCGGAGCUACAGACCGAAGGAAGCAACGGCAAGAAGGAAGUGCUGAGUGGCUUCCAAGUGGUGCUGGAAGACACGCUGCUUUUCCCCGAGGGCGGGGGACAGCCUGAUGACCAUGGUACGAUCAAUGACAUCUCUGUGUUGCGAGUGACCCGCCGCGGGGCUCAGGCUGAUCAUUUCACACAGACAGCCCUGGCCCCGGGGACUGAGGUCCAGGUCCGGGUGGACUGGGAGCGAAGGUUUGACCACAUGCAGCAGCAUUCAGGGCAGCAUCUCAUCACAGCAGUUGCUGACAAUCUGUUUGGGUUGAAGACCACAUCCUGGGAGUUAGGGCGGCUCCGGAGUGUGAUUGAGCUGGACAGCCCCUCUGUGACUGCAGAGCAGGUGGCUGCCAUUGAGCAGAGCGUUAAUGAGAAAAUCAGAGACCGCCUGCCUGUGAAUGUGCGAGAGCUGAGCCUGGAUGACCCUGAGGUGGAGCAGGUGAGGGGCCGGGGUUUGCCCGACGAUCAUGCUGGGCCCGUUCGAGUUGUUACCAUCGAGAGCGUUGAUUCCAACAUGUGCUGUGGGACCCAUGUGAGCAAUCUCAGUGACCUUCAGGUCAUUAAAAUUCUGGGCACCGAGAAGGGGAAAAAGAACAAAACCAACCUGGCAUUUCUGGCUGGGAACCGGGUGCUGAAGUGGAUGGAGAGAAGCCACGGAACUGAAAAAGCACUGACCACGCUGCUUAAGUGUGGAGCAGAGGAUCACGUGGAAGCAGUGAAGAAGCUACAGAACUCUUCCAAGCUCUUGCAGAAGAACAACCUGAAUCUACUCAGAGACCUGGCCGUGCACAUUGCCCACAGCCUGCGGAACAGCCCGGACUGGGGAGGUGUGGUCACGUUACAUAGGAAGGAGGGGGAUUCUGAGUUCAUGAAUAUCAUUGCCAAUGAGAUUGGGUCAGAGGAGACCCUCCUGUUCUUAACUGUGGGUGAUGAGAAAGGUGCUGGGCUCUUCUUACUGGCAGGGCCAGCUGAAGCCGUGGAAACCCUGGGCCCCAGGGUGGCUGAGGUCCUGGAAGGCAAAGGAGCCGGGAAGAAAGGCCGCUUCCAGGGCAAGGCCACCAAGAUGAGCCGGCGGGCAGAGGUGCAGGCGCUUCUCCAGGACUACAUCAGCACUCAGAGUGCUGAGGAGUGAGGAUCUGGACACUUCCCUGGGGCUCCUGCUGUUGAGAACCAGCCUCCUGUGACCACAGAGUCUCUUGGACAAUAAAAUAGCUUGACUUGAAAUGGUUAUGGUA